GCACUGCCUUAAUAAUGGGACUUCAACCAGCGCACACCGCCUCCAUUCCAUAGACUAUCAAGGAUUGCUUGUGCCAACGUCGCUUCUUGAACAACCGUCUUCUGUGGCUGCAUUUUACUUACACAACAACUUGAAGAUGAGCGGAGAUCAUAGAAAUCCAGAUUACCAGGUCAAUUCUGGAUCUAAAACAAACGACUCUCACAAGCAUAAAGACAAGCACAAAGACAAAGAACACAGACACAAAGACCAUAAGAAAGACAAGGAACGGGAGAAAGCCAAGCACAGCAACAGUGAGCACAGAGAAGGGAGAGACUCUGAGAAGAAGCUGCGAGACAAAGAGAAAGAGAAGCAGAAACACAGCAACGGCAGCUCCGACAAGCACAGGGAAAAACAAAAGGAGAAGAGGAGAGAUGAGAAGGUCAAACCAAUCCACAUAGACAAACCGAAAAGGGAAAAUGAAAAUGGAUACGCAAGAGAGAAAAGCCCACCUCCUAUUAAGAGUGAGCCGGAAGACAAUGGAUUUGACCCCUCGCCCAAACAGAAGCCAACCAAGAGGGAACGAGAUGACGAGGAAUUUGAUUGCAAGCCCAAAAAAGUUAAGAAAGAGGAUGAGAAGAAGGCCAAGAAGAGGCGACAAGACUACGAUGAUGAAGAGGAGGAGGAGGACAUAAAGCCCAAAAAAAAGACAAAGGUCAAAAAGGGAAUGGAAGGAAAGAAACCCAAGAAGGAGGAGGAAGAGAAGUGGAAAUGGUGGGAAGAAGAGAGGGCCACAGACGGGUCCAAGUGGCGCUUCCUGGAACACAAGGGGCCCGUGUUUGCCCUCCCCUACGAGCCCCUUCCGCUCCACGUCAGGUUUUUUUGCGAUGGUAAGCAAAUUAAACUGAGCCCGCCUGCUGAGGAGGUAGCCACUUUCUUCGCUAAGAUGUUGGAUCAUGAGUACACCACCAAGGACAUCUUCAGGAAGAACUUCUUCAAAGACUGGAGAAAGGAAAUGACACCAGAGGAGAAGUCAAAGAUCACCGACCUCAACAAGUGCAACUUCAAUGAGAUGAGCGAGCACUUCAAGGCCCAAUCAGAAGCCAGGAAACAGAUGUCGAAAGAUGAGAAACUGAAAAUCAAAGAGGAGAACGAAAGGAUCCUCCAGGAGUACGGCUUCUGCCUCAUGGACAACCACAAGGAGCGCAUCGGAAACUUCCGUAUCGAGCCCCCCGGCCUCUUCCGCGGACGAGGCGACCACCCCAAGAUGGGCAUGCUCAAGCGCCGCAUCAGGCCAGAGGACAUCAUCAUCAACUGUAGCAAGGACUCAAAGCACCCUAAGCCCCCCGCCGGGACGCGUUGGAAGGAGCUGCGCCACGACAACAAGGUGACGUGGCUGGUGUCCUGGACGGAGAACAUCCAGGGCUCCAUCAAGUACAUCAUGUUGAACCCCAGCUCCCGGAUCAAGGGGGAGAAGGACUGGCAGAAGUACGAGACGGCGCGACGGCUGAAGAAAUGCGUGGAGCGUCUGCGAACUCAGUACAGAGAUGACUGGAAGUCCAAGGAGAUGAGGAUCCGGCAGAGAGCCGUGGCGCUCUACUUCAUAGACAAACUGGCGCUGAGAGCGGGUAACGAGAAGGAGGAGGGCGAGACGGCGGACACGGUGGGCUGCUGCUCCCUGAGGGUGGAGCACAUCAACCUCUACCCCAAGAUGGACGACCAGGAGUAUGUGGUGGAGUUUGACUUCCUGGGGAAGGACUCCAUCCGCUACUACAACAAAAUCCCUGUGGAGAAGAGGGCCUUCAAGAAUCUCCAGUUGUUCCUGGAGAACAAGCAACCCGAAGAUGACCUUUUCGACAGACUAAACACCUCCAUUCUGAACAAGCACUUACAGGAGCUGAUGGACGGCCUGACUGCUAAGGUGUUCCGUACCUACAACGCCUCAAUCACCCUGCAGCAGCAGCUCAAGGCCCUCACCUCCCCCGAUGACAACCUCCCCGGCAAGAUCCUGUCUUACAACCGGGCCAACCGGGCAGUGGCCGUCCUCUGUAACCACCAGAGAGCCCCACCAAAGACCUUUGAGAAGUCCAUGCAGAACCUGCAGACCAAGAUUGAUGACAAACAGAAGCAACUGGCCACUUCCAGGAAACAGCUGAAGACUAGCAAGGCAGAUCACAAGGCUUCUCACGACGAAAAGAGCAAAAAAGCGGUGGAGACUAAGCGUAAGACAGUACAGAGGAUAGAAGAGCAGCUGAUGAAUCUUCAGAUGCAGGCGACCGACCGAGAGGAGAACAAGCAGAUCGCUCUGGGCACCUCGAAGCUCAACUACCUGGACCCCCGCAUCUCUGUGGCCUGGUGCAAGAAGUGGGAAAUUUCCAUCGAGAAGGUCUACAACAAAACCCAGCGAGAGAAGUUUGCCUGGGCCAUCGACAUGGCAGAAGAUGACUUUGAGUUCUAACCAAUUUCCCCAUCCCUCCUUUCUACUCAUGCCUUUUGAUUGUAGUUUGUAGUUUCCCUUAAUGAUUCCACUGUGUGGGCAAUCCAGGGUGGUCAGGAAGGACUGAAUGAGACACGACCGAGGCUGAGCACGGCGGAUGUAUAUCUGUGUUGUGUGUUUAGGUUAAUUGUGGAGAUGCACAGAUAAGCAAUGUGCCAGGCUGCCAGAAGGGCUGGUGGUGAUGGUGUGUGUGUGUGUGUGUGACAAGGCCUUAGUCAAAUUCAUAAGCCAUUAUUUAUUGAGAGAUUCUAUAUUCUAAUAGGAUAACGAAUGAAGAGGAAAUCCUGUUUUUUCCCACUCUUUAUAAAGAAAUACAAUGAAAUGGAUUAUGUGUGUGUAAGAUCGUGAGGAUUCAGAAGAAGAUGGCGUUCAUGAAAUUAACUGUGAAAUCUGUCCACCGAAAGGAAGAGAAGAAACCACAACGCUAUGCUGAAGCAGAACUGUUGGCGCCCACAAUUUUCUUGUCUUUUAUUUCUCAUUAAUUUUAUUAGUUUAUUUCAGGGAUGUACAUAUUUAUGGUUGCCUUUUUUGUUGCAUACAUUCCAUGUAUUAAAAGACGCGUAUCACAUUGAGACCAACACGCUUUCCUUAUGUUGAUCUUGCUUUGGGCAGUUUCACAUCUUCAAGAACACAGUGUUCUGCUUUGUGAAGUGGCUAAAUGGUGUACUUUGGGAGUGAGUGAUAUAUACAAGACUUUUCCAAAUUAAUUAAAAAGUGAUGUGAGAGGUAUUGAGGGGGAUUUGCCAAAAACGAUCACAAAAGUGUAUUGUUGUAUAUUAUUGUGACGUGUUGCUUUUUGUAUUGUUGUGAGGAAAGUGACAGAUAUCCUCUUUUUAUGUAAAUGUGUAGCCUGCCUUUUACCCUUAGCAUUAUUUGCUAAAUGACACAUGUUAAUGUUAAUCCGUCAUUGUAUCUGUCUUUGUGGUUUUUAGAAUUUCCCAGUUUAGCAUAAUUUUCUGGUUUUUGUCAGUUUUAUUUGCAUUUAUUUUAAUGACCAAGUGUCAUCUUAAUAAAAAUAAUACAUGUAUGAGUUACAGUAACUA